AUGACCCCCAUUCCACAAUUCCAACGUGCACUAUCCAGGCAAACAGUCCCAAACCUCCGAAAGGCCAUAGUCGCAAGUUCUGCUCGAUUUUCUUCAUCUGCCAGAGAACAAGUUCCAAAAGAGGAUUACUACAAUGGUCACUUGCUGGCCGACCAUCUAGAGUAUAUUGAUGACAUGUUGGAUCAUACAUUGAACAUUGAGAAUACAGUCGAAGGAUUGAAAUCGAUCCAUGCCAAAAAGUAUGAAGCCUACAAGACGUUGUCACCAGGUGCCACUAGCGAACUGGAUGCCUUGUUCCAUCAGGCUGCUGCUGAGAAGGAAGAACUAUCGAAACAGCUCAAGGACUUGAAGAACAUGAUGAUGAAAGUCCAAAAAAAUCCAUUCUUUGCCGUGGAUUCCCCCGACGGCAUGGCUGAUGCAGAACUGGUCAACGAUGAAGCCGAAGUUGAUCGGAUUAUUGACUAUGCCUCGAAAUUCGAGGAUACUGAAAUGGUCGAACAGAAACAUAAGAUCGAAGACGCAAUCAAGAAAGAGAGAGCUCGAGAUCCAGAACAUGACUGGUAG